GAGAGUCCUUGGGUCGGUCGCAACUUCAUUGUUCUCAAACCCGGCAGCCAAUAUUGCUCUUUUGAUUUAUAUACCAGAACAUUUUGUAAUCUGCAUCAUUGAAAGGUUUUGUAUCCAAAUCUUCAAGAUAUAAAGAGAUGGGGUAUGUCAACGAUGGAGGAGGAGAGGGAAUCAGGCGGAGAGGUUGCACAUUCUCAAAAGGCGAUUUUCUCCCCGAAGAAUCGUUCCAAAGCUGGGCCAACUACGGGAAGGCUCUGAAGCAAACUCCGGCGAGGCUGAUGGACCGAGUCUUGACUCGGUCACUCGACUCGACCGAGUUGGAAGUGAAGGCUCGGAGCAAUAACGAGAUGAAGAGGACUCUUACUUGGUGGGACCUCAUCUGGUUCGGCGUGGGUGCUGUGAUCGGCGCCGGAAUCUACGUCCUCACCGGACUUGAGGCCAAAACCGUUGCUGGACCUGCCGUCGUCUUGUCCUACUUGGUCUCCGGCGUCUCCGCCUUGCUUUCUGUUUUCUGUUACACUGAGUUCGCCGUGGAGAUUCCUGUUGCAGGUUUGCUAUCUCACUUCUCACAUUCUUUUUAAUUUUUUUUUACAUGAAUUUUAAAAAAUAAAAUAAAAAUUAAGGUG